AUGGAUACGUGGAGCUUUUUCUGUACUUGCCUGGUGUCUGCAUGGCUGCGCAGAUUUUACAUCUAUUCUGCUGUUGCUUUUGGGAUCAGCAUUUGGAUCGUUGUUCGGUUCUUCACCACCAGAAAGAAGAUAACUGAGCACGGUGAAAAAUCCAAUAGGAAUCCAGCUGCUUCUGAAGGAAGAGAAGACAAACUAGUAAAUGGAUAUGCCACCCUGCAGGCGAAGGAAGUCUGUGUUGCUGGGGUCAAGAUCUUCUAUGGGUCUCAGACUGGCACAGCAAAGAGAUUUGCCAAGGGUCUGGCUGAAGCAGUUAUUUCCCUUAAUUUGCCUGUGGAAGUCAUUAGCAUGGGAGACUAUGAUCCAGAUGAUUGUUUAGCAGAGGAGGCAACUGGCAGGAACAUUUGUGUGUUCUUGGUAGCUACAUACACAGAUGGACAGCCUACCGAGAGUGCAGCGUGGUUCUGCAAGUGGUUAGAAGAGGCUGCAAAUGACUUCCGCUUUGGGAAAAUGUAUCUGAAAGGCCUGAGAUAUGCUGUGUUUGGCUUGGGAAACUCAGUUUAUGUUGAUCAUUACAACACUGUGGGAAGAAACAUGGACAGGUGGCUGUGGAUGCUCAGUGCCAGCCGUAUCAUGACUCGUGCUGAGGGGGACUGCAACGUGGCGCAGAGCAAGCAUGGCAGCAUUGAGGCCGACUUUGAAGCCUGGAAAGCCAAGUUCCUCAGUCGGCUCCAGGCGCUCUGCAGAGGGGAAAAGAAGCCCUGCAGUGGGAAGUGCAAGAAAGGGAAGUGCAAAUCUGCGGGGAAGCAGAGCAAGGAGAGCUGGGAUCAUGAACAUGGGGCAUCAGAAUACGAGGAUACUGAGGCAGAGGAGUUUGAAACCAGUAGCGAGGAGGAGGCGGCGGCUGAUGCUGAGGAAACUGGAGGCACAAGUUCUGUCAUUGAUGUUGAAGAUCUCGGCAAUAUCAUGAGCCACAUGAAGAAAGCAAAGAGAGAACGUGAGCUCGAGGCAGGAGAUGUUGGAACGAGCUUGGCUCGAGAGAACACUGGGAGGAAGGAGGAGGGUGAAAAGAGAGAGAUGAUUACCCUGGCUCUGAGAGAAGCGCUCACAAAACAAG